AUGGACGGCUGGAAAACGCUGGCGGUCCUUUUGCUCUGCUCGCUGCUGCUCAGCCAGCGGCAGCCGCGGCUCGCGAGGCAGAGGCGGAUGACACCUUUCUGGAGAGGAGUCUCGCUGCGACCCGUCGGAGCCUCCUGCAGGGAUAACAGCGAAUGCAUCACCAUGCUCUGCAG